GUGAAGAAAAUGUCAUUAGCGCUUAUUCGAGUGAAGUAAACGAUAUCGCGAUUAUCAACGAAACACUUCUUCCUGCGUUGACGACAUAAGUGACCGUCGUGCGGAAUCGCGCCAAGACACAUUUUCGCGUGUAUCAUACGCAUUUAUCACCAGAUUUUGAAUAAUCGACUGACAACGUUGCACAAGAUUAUUAACAAUGACGAUACAGUUAUUGUUCUUAAUUCCUUUGUUCGCUGUUGCUCAUGGCGACACAUUAACAAUUGAUGCAGCCAAACCAAUGAAAUUAUCUCCGAAGAUUGUGAAUGGAAGACUUGCCAGACCAGGUGAAAUCCCAUAUCAGGUUUCUCUUCAAAAUAUUAAGCAGGAGCAUCACUUCUGCGGUGGAGUUAUAAUUAACGAGCUAUACGUAUUAACCGCCGCUCACUGUCUAGAGGGUGCAGACAUUUCGGACAUUUCGGUAAAUGUGGGGACAAUAAACGUACAAAAACCGCAUUCAGUGCAUCUAAUCGAACGCGUUUAUCUACACGAAGAAUACAGACCUUCAGAUUCAUGGCGCAAUGAUAUCGCUUUAAUUGAGGUCAAAAGUCCAUUUGCAUUUACCAAUUUGGUGUCUGCCGUCGAUCUUCCGGAACCAAAUCAACCUGUCGAGCCAGGUUCGCCAGCAGUUGUAUCUGGAUACGGCUUAUUAUCGAAGCAUGGAAGGAGAACCACAGACUUGUACGUUGUAGACAUUUUAAUAGCCAAUCAGACCUAUUGUAAAACACAGUACGCGAAAAGUCAACACGUUUACGACACGCAAAUCUGCGCAUACGAUCCAGUCGAAAAUAAGGGUUCGUGCCAGGGUGAUUCUGGCGGCCCUCUCACUGUCAACGGACAACUCGUAGGACUCGUUUCGUGGGCGCAUGGUUGCGCCAGCACACGCUACCCUACCGUGUACACACGCGUUUCGUCGUACAUAAAUUGGAUAUAUGAACGCAUGAUCGAAAACUAUAAUCUAACGUCUAAGAUGUUAUCCUCAGUUUUAUUGAUUGUUCUUGGUGUGGCGUCUAUCUCCCAGUCUUCCGUACUGCAAAAGUUCGAUCCGCGUAUCAUAAACGGUGAGUAUGUAGAGCCGGGUGAAAUACCGUAUCAGGUCUCCCUGCAGCAGUUAAGAAGUAGUUUUCAUUUUUGUGGCGGAGCUAUCAUUAAUCCAAUUUUCGUUGUUACCGCUGCUCACUGCGUCGAAGACUUGCUUCCCAAGGACAUGCAACUCGUCGUCGGUACUGUGAACCUAAAUCGCCCAGGUGUGACACAUGCGAUUAAAGAGAUUAUUCGUCAUGAACAAUAUGAUCCUCGUAAUUCAUGGCUUAAUGACAUCGCAUUGAUUAGGGUAUUUACUCCUUUUAGUCCGUCGAAUACCGUCGGAUUCGUAACGCUGCCCGAGCAAAAUGAGAUUGUUCAGGAAGGGGCGAUGGCCAGAGUCUCCGGAUUUGGAAGAUUAUCGGAGGACGGACCCGGAUCUAAUUUCUUGAAAAAGGCUACCAUUUACAUAGCGAAACAGGAUUAUUGUAAGGAAAUGUAUGGCCAGAUUCUAUACAAUAUUUACGAUACUCAUAUUUGUGCCAACGAUCCGGACGUCAGACGAGGGUCUUGCAAUGGUGACUCGGGCGGGCCCUUGAUCGUUAAUGGAAAACUUGUCGGACUCGUAUCAUGGGCGAAAGCUUGUUCCCUUACGGACUAUCCGACCGUGUACACUCGCGUACCCUCGUAUAUCGACUGGAUCAAGGAGAACGCCGUAUAAAUUCAAUUGGUAUUCAUUAUUCGUAACGGACUGACGAUCGCCAAUUCACGCAAGCGUACCGAGUGUAUUAGGUUACAUUCAUGUUUUUCUUUCUAUUUUAUUCCAUCACAAUGAAUGCGCCGCCGACGCUAAUUUUCUUGUCUUGCGCGAACAAAACGUGCUAGAGUAAGUUAUAUCUUAUUAAACUGAUUGUGAACUAAUAUGAUAAAGCUAUAGAUGCGCACGGAGAUCAGUUUCGUGUCAGAAGUCAGUAAUAAUUUAAGCAACAAAUUUGUAAUACAAGCACAUUUGCAUUGUUAAUUCGUGUUACAAAUAUGCUUGCUUUACAAUUUUCACUAAUCGUUAGAUCUUCUAGUUCCAAAAAAUCUACUAUAGACAUUUUCCUACCAGUUUAUUAGCAUAUAUAUAUUUUUUUUUAUACAUCUAUAAUUUAUAAAUUUAAAAAAUACUUGUAAAUAUCUAAUGUAAGAUGUAUCAAAAUUGGCGAGAAAUGAUUCCUAGAGAGUACAAAAAAUUCUAUCUGAUGUUAAAUUUAAAUUAGAAAUUAUACAAAAAAAUUUAUACAUAAAUGUCCGUAAAUUGCGUAAGUAAAAAAGAAUAUAAUAUAUACAGUAAUGAAAAUAUUUAAAAUGAUCUUUUUUAAAUAAACGCAUCUCUAACAGAAAUGGUCAUCUAAGAUAA